AUGGGCGCCGUCGCUGGUCUCUCCUGCUCUACCUCCACCUCCACCACCACCUCCUCCUCCUCCUCCUCCUUGGAGUCGUUCCCGUCCGACAUGAGCAGCGGCGAGACGAUUGGUCCUCGGCCCAAGAACUCCGCAGCGCCGUCGUACAUCGGCGUGCGGGCGCGGCCAUGGGGGCGGUUCGCGGCGGAGAUCCGGGACUCCUCUCGGGGAGGCGCACGGGUGUGGCUGGGCACCUUCGCCACGGCGGAGGCAGCCGCGAUGGCCUACGACCAGGCAGCGCUGUCCUCACGGGGCGUGGCCACGGCGCUCAACUUCCCCCUCGAGCGCGUCCAGGACUCGCUCCGCGCUCUCGGCGCCACAGGCGCGAGCAUGGCCGGCUCGCCCGUGCUGGCGCUCAAACGGCGCCACUCCAAGAGAAGGAGGCGCAACAAGGCCGAGAUAGCGAACGACGCGGCGACAUGCAUGAGGAGGAGCAAGGGCAUAGUCAAGCAGAAGAAGUUCAUCGUGGAGCUGGAGGACCUCGGCGCAGACUACCUGGACGAGCUUCUCAGGAUUACUUGUAAUACAGCUUACUAG